AUGACCAAGGUGGCUUCGAGCGCUGAGAAAGCAUUGGGACCAGACCAUACAUCAACACUCGGUAUAGUUCACAAUCUAGGCGUUCUCUACUAUAACCAAGGCAAGCUAGCACAGGCGGAGAUAAUGUCUCUUCGAGCACUGAAAGGCAGGGAGAAGAUACUUGGACCAAACCAUAUAUCAACACUCAAUACAGUCAACAAUCUAGGCAAUCUCUAUUCUAGCCAAGGCAAGCUAGCAGAGGCAGAGAAGAUGUAUCUUCGAGCGCUGGAAGGUUAUGAGAACGCUCUUGGCCCUGUACUCGUCUUAUCUUAUCUACCGGCAUUGAACACUAUGUUUGUCUUUGGAGACCUCUUCUCGCAGACUGACCGGAAAGACGUAGCAAGGGAGAUGUAUAAUCGAGCAUUAUCUAGAUACACUAUUGUCCAAGGGCCUCUCUCAAAACUCUCUAGGGAAGUUGAAGAUCGGCUUCAAGCGUUGCAAGUUGCAUCUGUUGAGUCGAAUAUGGGUCGAGACGAGUUCAUAGUGCCUGAAGUAGCGAAUUCGAAGUCUUUGAAGUAG